AUGAAAGUUAAGAAUUCAGCAUGGAUCAAGCUUUUGGUUUUACAAUAUCUAUCGAUUUUAUGUGCUUCACAGGAUUUUGAUUUCUUCUACUUCGUUCAACAGUGGCCUGCUUCUUACUGUGAUUCGAGACAUAGCUGUUGCUAUCCUACAACAGGAAAGCCUGCUGAAGAUUUCAGUAUUCAUGGGUUAUGGCCAAAUUAUAACGACGGAAAAUGGCCAUCAAACUGCGAUCGCGAGAAUUCUUUUGAUCAAUCUGAGGUCUCAGAUCUUGUUAACAGAAUGCAGAAAGAUUGGCCAACCCUAGCCUGCCCAAGCAGCGAUGGCUUCAAAUUCUGGGGUCAUGAAUGGAAUAAACACGGGACAUGUACCACCCUCGAUCAACACACUUACUUCCAAAAAGCUCUUGACCUCAAGAAAAAAGCCAAUUUGCUACAAGUCCUUCAAAAUGCAGGGAUUCGACCCGGAAAAUUCUACAGCUUAGAGAGCGUAAAGCAAGCAAUUGAAGAAGGUGUCGGGUAUGCCCCGUUCAUAGAGUGCAAUGUGGAUUCAUCGGGGAAUCAUCAACUAUUACAAGUUUACCUGUGCGUGGAUACCUCGUCAUCCAAUUUCAUUCAGUGUCCAGUUUUCCCACAUGGAAGAUGUGGUUCUCGAAUCGAAUUCUCCUCAUUUUCUGAACAAUUGAAUGCGCACGACGAAUUUUGA